GCUGCAAGGGCCAGUUGUGUAAAGCGAGAACGUAAAAGCUCUAACCUUAAGGCUUAAAAGUAAACAAUGUCAUGUCGUCUCCUGGGCUGCGUGCAUUAGGAAUAUUUUUUUUUAAUUUCUAAGGGUGCAGUUCUGUUGAUGUUAACAUAAACGAUGUACUGUUUCGACCAUUCUAGACUGCCUUUUCAAUAAAGUUUGGAAGAAAAUGGCGCUCAACGCGGAAGUGAGUUCAGUGCCAUGAUGUGUAAUGUUGGUGAAAAAGUGUCAUGUUGACUAAGCUGGAAGGGGACGCCGCAACUUCAUCAUUUAGCUGAGAUUCAGGUCAGCAGCAGUCAUGGCUGAGGCCGGAGCUCACCUUACCUCCGGCAGUGUGAGGGAGCAGCCGUCCAUCUUUGAGGUCUUGGCUCAAGAGUCUCUGAUGGAGUCAGUGAAACCAGCACUGAGACAUGCUGUCAAGGUUCUGGCAGAGUCCAACCCCUCUUGCUUUGGUUUCCUGUGGCGGCGCUUUGAUGAGUUCUACCUGCUGCUGGAUGUCCUCCUGCAGAACCACUUCCUGUUUCACUGUAGCGCCUCCUUCUCUGAGAACUUCUACGGACUGAAAAGGGUUACAGGAGGGCGGGGCCUCCCUGUUCGCCUGGGGCUUCCAAGAAAGACCCGCUGGAGGUCUCUUCUCCUCCUCUGCCUGGUGCCUUAUCUGCGGGCCAAGCUGGAGGCCAGGUGUGCGCGCCAAAGGGAAGAGGAAGACUUCUCCAUACGGCUGGCACAGAGCAGGAGCCAGAGGCUGUACCGGGCGGCGGUGGCAGCUUACCCGUAUGUCAACUCCGCUUGGCAGUCCUGGGUCUUCUGUCAGCAGCUGCUCUUUGUCUUCGGAGCGGCGCGUACCCACAGUCCUUUGCUGUGGCUGGCGAACGUCCGACUGGCUCGGCUCACCGGGCGAGAUGUCCGAGACAUGGAGCUGAACGCCAGCAAAAGUGGCAGCCCGGCUGGAGCCAGUGUGUUACAGAGGAUGUGGUGGGUGACGUCACAAGCGGCGAGGGGCGUGGCCAUCUCCCUCUCCACCUCCCUCUCCAUGGGGGUCUUCUUCUUACAGUUCCUGGAGUGGUGGUACUCCUCCGACAACCAGGCCACCGUGAAAAACCUCACCUCCCUCCCCGUGCCUCCGCCCCCCCUCCACCUGCAGACGGCCGACCACAGCGAGGGCCGUGACAAGACGCACUGUCCGCUUUGCCGGAGGCUUCGGGUCAACGCCACCGCCCUGUCCACGUCAGGGUUUGUCUUCUGUUAUCGCUGCGUCUACACGUACGUAAAAGCCAAACACUGCUGUCCACUCACCGGCUUCCCGACAGAGUUGCAACACCUCAUCAAGAUCUACUCGCCAGAGAGCUCGAUCACUUGACCGUCUCAUUUAUAACAAUACAGUCGAAUGUUGAUCAAUCUAGUUAAAUAAAAUGGAGCAUCUCCAACCCAAUGUCAGCUUUACAAUACUAUAUCAGUUACAAAAUUAUCAAUAUCUGUUUCAAAAAGUAAAAUUCAUGACCUUUUAAAACGCCGCUGUGUACACGGACGCAGGAAGAAGUACAGAGCGCCAAUAAACCUUAAAGGCACUGCCUUUGCGUGUCGUACCAGUCACAUAAUAUCUACGGCUAUUGACACACUCGCAAUUGAAUGCAAUGCAUACUUGAUCAACAGCCAUACAGGUCACACUGAGGGUGGCCGUAUAAACAACUUUAACACUGUUACAAAUAUGCGCCACACUGUGAACCCACACCAAACAAGAAUGACAAACACAUUUCGGGAGAACAUCCGCACCGUAACACAACAUAAACACAACAGAACAAAUACCCAGAAUCCCUUGCAGCUCUAACUCUUCCGGGACAAAACAAUAUACAACCCCCACCCCCUCAACCACCUCAACCUCCUAAUGUCCUAAAUUCCAAGCUGCUGUUUUGAGGCAUGUUAAAGAAAAUUAUGCACUUUGUGACUUUAAUAAUAAAUAUGGCAGUGCCAUGUUGG